AGGCUGGGUGGGCUGCAGACAGGAGGAGGGCGGAGGAUGAUCUGUGUGUGGACGGCAGACAGAAGCUGUCUUUAUGGUCUCACGGUUUGGAGGAGACAGGUGGGGGCUCCUGAUAACCUGGGGAGGAGGAGGAGAGGAGUGUGGCUGGAUGAGGAGAGCACCAGGCGGGGAGCCACUGGACAGCUGUCAUCUCACUGGCUCCUGGUCACUGAGAGGCUGCACCUACCCACUGAGCCAUAGAAAUAUACAUACUGUUUAUAUGAGCCACGCUGUUUCUAUCCACUGGACUAUCCUGCUCCUACCCACUAAGCCACGCCGUUCCCACCCAUUGUGCCACCCUGCUCUUACCCACGCUGCUCCUACCCACUGACCCACACUGGUCCUACCCACUGAGGCACGCUGCUUCUGCUGCCUCCUGCUCCGUGAGUGGCAUGUGGAUGCACAACAUGAGACGGACUACCCUCAUCCUGCUGGGGACCAGCCUGCUGCUGCUCCUCGUCACUGUCUGGCUGGCCAUCGGCGAGUGCCCACGUUACAGACCUGGCAAUAUAACAACCCGAGUGGGAUUGGUCAAGCCUGAAGUCAGCCACAUAAUUCCUAAACCAAAUAAUUACACAGCCAACGUUCUCUGCAGAGAUGUCCAGGAUCGCCUCUUGUCAGUGUCUCUGAGGAAAAGGUACUCAGAGGAUUAUUACAUCCAGGCUGUUGGUGAAAUGCAGAACUGUACCUGGCAGAAGAGACCACAAGAAUAUGGCAGAUUCAGAUUGUAUUUGUCUUCCUGCUGCAAUGCUGUUAACAACUUUAUAGUAUCACAAAACAAUACCUCACUUGGUAGCAACAUCACAUAUGAAGUGGAAACGAAAAAGAACAUUUUAAUUGCAGAGGAAAUCUACAGAAUGCUGCCGAAGUCGCAGCCCUUUGUCGGAAUUCCCUUCAAGCAAUGUGCCGUAGUUGGAAAUGGUGGAAUACUAACCAACAGUAGCUGCGGGGCCGAAAUCGACCAAUCAGAUUUUGUCUUUAGGUGUAACCUUCCCCCUAUUUUGGGAAAUGUCAGUGCUGACGUUGGAAAGAAGACAGACCUUGUCACAGUAAAUCCAAGCAUCAUUGCUUUGAAAUACGGAAAACUAAACGAGAUGAAGACAGCAUUUCUGAAAAACCUUACAAGCUACGGUUACUCGUUCCUAUUAUUGCCUGCAUUUUCAUAUAGCAGCAACACAGCCAUCUCUUUUGAGGUACAUCACGUACUGAAAAAGUACCAAGCGAAACAGAGAGCUAUUUUUUUCCAUCCUAAUUAUCUUAAAAGCCUUGCUCAGUUUUGGAGAGGGAGGGGUGUAAGGGCUUAUCGCCUCUCCACUGGAUUCAUGAUCACCAGCGCAGCCAUAGAACUCUGCGAGGACGUCAAGCUAUAUGGAUUCUGGCCUUUCUCCAAAAACCUAAACGGGAAACCAAUUAGCCAUCACUACUAUGACAACCAGCUGCCAAAGCCUGGCUUUCAUGCUAUGCCCAAAGAAUUUUAUCAAGUCCUUCAGCUCCAUUACAAAGGAGUACUUAAACUUCAAAUUGGCAAGUGUGAGAAGAGAUGAAAAUUUAAAGUCCUUUUUUUUGUAUUUGGAGACUAAAUACUAAAACAGUAGAACACUGUUUUAGUUUACCUCUUCCUGAGGUAAGUUCGGAAAUAAACGAGAAGCCUUCAUGAGGUGAUCUAUAUAUGAGGUGAUAUAUAUAGAGGUGUUUUGCCCUCACUUGCUGCUAUAAAUUUCUGGAACACUUGAGUCAUGUGACACAAGUAGGCGGGACUUGUUUAUUGCAUACCCGUAUAUAUGUAAAACAAACAGGAUUUGGAAAAAAAGGAAACAAUCUUCGUUGCUGCUGAAAUUUACUUUGUGUUCUCCUUAUAAAAAAUAUUUUAAGAUUUUUAAUUUUCUUUCACUGCUAAUAUUACAAAAAAGGGUAGCUGUACUAACUACCGUGCAAUACAAACCCAAAAGCAAAGACUAAAAUUGCAAUAUAAUUUCUGCACAAUCUCUUUUUUGGGAAGCUGGAAAGAGAAAACACGGAGAUGGAUGUGUUUAUAGAGAAAUACGGGCACUUAUGAGGACACAAAGAUAUUAUUAUCAGCUUUUGUUAUGGCUGAGAUCUAAUUAUACUUUUCCAUCGGUGGCUGUCAUUUGCUUUUUUAUUUUGAGAGAUUUUAGGGAGAUGCAGAUAUAUUUAUUUAUCGACGUGCCAAACAAACUCAGGAACGUGGAUGACGAUUUCACGAUUUGAAAUUGUUUACAUUUUUUUAUGUUUUUAAAGAAAAAAACAUUAUUUUUGUUAGCGAAUGGAUGUGUUGAUUGGUGAGAUCCAAAUGAACAAUGGAACUCAUCAAAGACAAUUAAGAAAACUAUGUUUAUUUCCGGUAAACACCUUAUAGUGAUAUAAAGUGUUAUUGUAUAUAGAA